AUGUUAUCAAGCGUAGCUUUCACUCUGGUGACUUUGAUUAGUAGCGGUCUCGCACUUAUGAUCACAUUUAUCAUGAUAAUUAUGAUGUUCGUUUAUCUUCGAUCCAAUCGGGAUAUUGCCUUUUUUCUGAUGAUCAAUACUUAUCUGGCGAUGUUUGUGUUUUCUUUUCUUGUUUUCUUCGUCAAUAUCUAUGUAUUCAAAGCGGAUUUAUAUGGCUUUCCCACUCUUGAUACAAGUCAGUUAAAUACAUGCCUUCUCCGAGGUUUUCUUAUCUACGUGGCAUUUGCUUGUUGUUACAUGAGCUUUGUUCUCCAAGCAUUCUACCGAUUUACCAGAGUGGUUUACCAUAAACAGCGAAUUUUUCAAUCCUUUAUAUUUUAUAUCGUAUGCAUAUUACUUCAAUGGAUCAUGUGUUCUACUCUUCUCUUGCCACCCUACCUCUGGUCAUCUCCGGUCUAUGGACUGUACAAAAACGACUAUUACUGUGGUAUGCUCUACCAAUAUCUCGGUGCCCUGACCUAUUCAGGAAUAGUGAUGUACAUCUCUCCAGUUAUCUUCUUAACCCUUAUCUAUGCUCAUCUCGUGUUUUUCAUCCGUCAUCAAACGUCCAACAUGCUGCAAACUCAACAAAUGCGAAGCGCUCAACGUGAUUUUACCGUCAUUCGUCGCAUCAUAUUCAUUGUCAAUACUCUCACUCUACCUGGUGUACCCAAUUGUACUUUCACUCUAAUGACAAGUAUUGAUCCAAGUAUUUCCGGCUUCUACUACAUGUACCGCAUUCAAUGGUUGCUACCAGCUGUCGCUGUGUUCAUAUUUAGCAUAGCUCUGGUGAUCAUCACGCCUCAAUUGAAAACAUGCUUUUUCAACGCGAUACAUUACAAUCACAAUCGAGUGCUGCCAGUGGAACAUCGCACCACGAAACAGUUAGAACAAAGUCGAUUUUAG